AUGCUUGACGACUUGAGAAACCUGCUUGCGACCAUCGACCUGCUAAACCGCACCUACGGCAUCAUCCACAACCACUUUAAUGCAGGUAGUGUGGGACGACGGCGCGACCACGAGUUCGACCCGUUCGACCGCGACACGACGUGCGCGGCCAUCUGCGCGUACCAGAUCAUCACGCACGACUUGGAGACGCAUGCUGACGGCAACAUGGUCGCCAGCGUCAGAGUCGAGCACGUGCUGGAUCUGGACUCGAGGAAUCACCGCGGCGUGACUCUCGACAGCUGCAAAGACGUGGACGACUACAAGAGUGUGCUCAGGACAAAGCGCCCCCGGCAGAUCAAGUGGGACUUGUUCAAGGAAGACGACGAGCUCGUGCGCACCCGCUGCGCGCUGGCCAGCCGAGGCAAGAUAUACAUCGACUGGCAGCGCCCGUCAAGCUCGGCCGCGCGGCCGCUCGCCCCGGGGAGCGCCUGCUUGCCACCGGCGAGAUCCUGCUUCCUGAUGGCUGGCGGCGCCUGGUGA